CACCGGCCAUUCAGUAGGACCCCACAGAGCAGCCCUGCCUGCCGUAAUUCAGAGAGCCAGGGCUCCCUCAGUUCCUGUUUCCGCCGCAGACCUCUCUCUCCUCAGCCUUGUGGAGCGACCAGCCCCGGCGGACGCUGCGUCGGACCUCCUCCUCCGCAGCGCCCUGCUCGGAUGCCUCCGGAAGCCGGAGUGUCAUGUGAAGGAUGCCGCUUGAGUAAGACUCCCGUGGAGCUGGAGGGACACGGCACCGUGGUGUUGGAUAAACUUAUCAAGACGGAUCUUGGUGGAGGGUGAAGACACCAAUCACGAGUGUGCUGGCCAUGCUCUAGCACACCAGAAAGGCUGGCUUGACAGUGGAAAAACACCUAUUUGCCUUUUUAUUAAACACUCCAGCGUAACAGACACACCCACCUCCCUUUCUCCUCCCAUUCAUCAUCCUUGCAAAGAUGCCAAUGCCGGGGUUAGCGCUGUGGCAUUUGUGGUGACGGGGAAGAGUGUGCACACGCAUCCGGCAGGUGGGUCGGUGGCUGUACGAGCACACCACAAAGCUUUCUUGGGUUAGCGUGGCUGAACCAUGCGGCCCUGGGCGGGUUCAUGGCGUUGGAUUACCCUGGUGCUGUUGGCCUGGGGCACACUCCUCUUCUACAUCGGCGGUCACUUGGUGAGGGACAGCGACCAUCCGGAGCGGUCCAGCCGAGAGCUGUCCAAGAUCCUGGCCAAACUGGAACGGCUCAAGCAACAGAAUGAAGACCUGCGACGCAUGGCGGAAUCGCUCAGGAUACCGGAGGGUCAGGCAGACGCUGGGUCCUUGGCUGCAGGAAGGCUGCGCUCCUUGGAGGACCAGUUAACCAGAGCCAAACAGAAGAUACACAGCUUCCAGAAACUCACUGGAGAUGGCCCCGGGCCGAAUCAGGAGGAGCUGCGGAGAAGGGUGGAGAACGGCGUUAAAGAGUUCUGGUACUUUGUGCGCAGCGAGGUAAAGAAAUUGGCCAGCGUCGAUCCCACCGAGAGGCAGAAGUAUGCUGACACACUCCUGCAGGACCUGGGACACCAGGAGAGGUCCAUCAUGACAGACUUGUACUACCUCAGCCAGGCGGACGGAGUUGGCGAAUGGAGAACGAAGGAGGCUAAGGACCUGUCGGAUCUGGUCCAGAACAGAAUCACCUACCUACAGAACCCCCCAGACUGCAGUAAGGCGAGGAAGCUGGUGUGUAACAUUAAUAAGGGCUGUGGUUACGGCUGCCAGCUCCACCACGUCGUCUACUGCUUCAUGAUCGCCUACGGCACCCAGCGCACGCUCAUCCUGGAAUCUCACAACUGGCGCUACGCACCCGGAGGCUGGGAGACGGUUUUCCUGCCCGUCAGCAACACCUGCACCGACCGCUCAGGAGCCUCCACCGGACACUGGUCAGGGGAGGCUCACGAUAAGGACGUCCAGGUUGUGGAGUUGCCGAUAGUGGACAGCCUCCACCCUCGGCCCCCCUACCUGCCCUUAGCGAUACCGGAGGACCUGGCCCCGCGUCUGCACCGUCUGCACGGCGACCCGUCCGUCUGGUGGGUGUCCCAGUUCGUCAAGUACCUGGUGCGUCCUCAGUCAUGGCUCGAGAAGGAGAUCCAGCAAACCACUACCAAGCUGGGCUUCAAACAUCCCAUAAUUGGAGUCCAUGUGAGGAGGACAGAUAAGGUGGGGACGGAGGCGGCCUUCCACCCGAUUGAGGAGUACAUGAUGCACGUGGAAGAACAGUUCCAACAUCUGGCCAGGCGUGUCCAUGUCGACAAGAAACGGGUCUACCUGGCCACCGAUGAUCCCUCGCUGCUGCAGGAGGCAAAGACCAAGUAUCCGGAAUACGAGUUCAUCAGCGACAACUCUAUCUCGUGGUCUGCGGGUCUUCACAACCGCUACACUGAGAACUCCCUGAGAGGCGUCAUACUGGACAUCCACUUCCUGUCCCAGACCGACUUCCUGGUCUGCACCUUCUCCUCACAGGUUUGCCGCGUGGCCUACGAGAUCAUGCAAACAUUACAUCCGGACGCCUCUUCCUACUUCUACUCCCUCGAUGACAUCUACUACUUCGGAGGUCAGAACGCCCACAAUCAGAUCGCCGUCUACCCCCACCAGCCGCGCAACAGCGAGGACAUCCCGCUGGAGCCCGGCGACGUGAUCGGCGUCGCCGGCAACCACUGGGACGGAUACUCCAAAGGCAUCAACCGCAAACUGGGCCGCACGGGCCUCUACCCUUCGUACAAGGUGAAGGAGAAGAUCGAGAUGGUGAAGUACCCGCUGUACCCCGAGGCGGACAAACUGCUCAACUCUCAAAAGAAGUAAGAGGAUCAUGGUAAAAAAAAAAAGAGAGCGAGCAAGCGAGCGAGAAAGGAGACUCCUGUUCCAGGGAAGGAGGCUGCUUUUGUACAGAGGAGAGAGACGCACUAGUUGCGCUAAACUGAGAAGAAAAGAAAAGGCCUGUACCCAGGGGUGAUGGGAAUGAAAAUGCACUCUGCGUGUGGUUGUGUGUGAGCGCGCGUGCAUGUGUGUGCGUACGAGUGUGCUCUUGUUGUGUAAAUGCCCGUGCAUAUGUCAGGUCAUGGAAGACUUGCACCCUCCCACCGCUCCCCCCUCCCCCCUCCCCGCCUGACGUCGCAACAUCGGGCCCGUAGAGACGUAGACUUGAACAUUGAUUUAUAAAUAAAGCAAAGAAAAACAAUUAAAAUCUCCACAACUGACUGAGCUCUCCCUCCUGAAGCAGCACUGGGACUACUGUAAGACUGGCACGCUCCAGCGCCACCUUCAAAUCAAUGACUGAAAGGAAAAGGAAAAUAAAAAAAACUGGCAAAAAGUGUUUUGAUUUUUAUUUAAUUCCUUUCGGUGUUUUUGAUUCUAAUCUUGCCUUUUUUUUUUCCCUGUUCUUUUUUGUCCUGUUUUUUUAUUUCUGUUGCUGAAUGUACUGUACCCUCUUCUUCCUGCCAUGUCCACUCUUCCUCCGCUCACUUCAUUACUGUCCUUCCUUCAACUGUUCUUUUCAUGUGCAAUUAAUUUGACAAAACCAUAUUGUGCUUUUAUCAAGUGUUUUUAAAUGGUCUUAAUUUGUAUGUUUGGGACUUGUGCAUUGUAUACUGUACAGUGUGUGUGUGAGAUCGAGAGUGCCUGUGUGUGUGCGGUGCCAUGUCAGGAGUCGGUGCUUGGUUAUCGGUGCGCUGUGUGUGUAUUUUCUUCUUUUUUCUUUUCAUACCUGUGGCUUUUCCCACCUGGCUCUAUUGUCCGUGAGGCCGACGGGAGGCCGGCAGAGACGGUGGGGACCGUCCUCGCCCCCCCAGCACUUGGAACAAACGGCGCCGGUGACCAUUAGUGAACAAUGAGGAUGGUUGAGUCCGGUGCACGCGCUCACUGCAGAAGAAGCACUCCACUCGGAUAAUGUCCUCCUUUUGGCAUCUUUGCUGUCUUUUUGUCCAAUUUUGUCAUUUGUUUGAUUCCUGUUUUUUUCUUUUUUACUUUGCUGUUUUAAAAUAAAUGAGGUAAAUAUACCCAUGUUUGAGAGAAAAAAGAAAAAAAAGCCAUGUCAUAUCAAACUCAAACACCCAGUCAUCAUGAAGGGUUUUUUUUGGGGUUUGUUUGUUUUUUUCUGAACUUAUGUUCUUGGGCAUUGUCUUUGAUAACCACAGAUCAAAUAAACUUGAGAAACCAA